AGGAGAGAAAAUGGCAAUGACAGUUUGUAGGGCAGGCUUUCGCUAAGAGCUGGGAAGAGAAAGUGAAGGAAAGAUAUUAGCAGAAAGAAAGAGAAAGUGAGAACAAACUGAAAGAAAAUAGGAGGUGAGAAGAAGGAAAGGGAAGCAGGGAACAGAAAGCAACAGAAGCAACAAUAGGUUGACGUGUCGCCAUGACAACAGAAGCAGGCUCUGAGACGGAGGUGAAGGAGAAAGCAGAGGAGUCAGCUGCUCAGCCGGACCAAUCAGAGAAGGCCUCGGAGGAAACCAAGGAAGUAGCGAACGCCGAGGGAGAGGAGAAGGAGAAAGAGAAGGAGAAAGAAGGGAAAGAGGGCAAAGGAAUAUCUCGAUACCUACCGACAUGGCUUAAGAAGCAGAAGUCUCAAAGCCAGACCUCCCCGACGAAGGAGGCGCCGCCCACAGAGGAGCCUGUUGCCAAGGUGACGCAGGAAGAGGAGGGGCCUGCCCCGGAAGUGAACGGUCAAGCAGAGGAAGUGGAAGAGAAGGAGGAAGUAAAGUCGGAGCAAGUGAAGGAAAAGGAGGCAGAAUCUCAUUCCAACACCAGUGCAGACACCGAGCCUGCCAAGGAAGAGAAGGUGGACGAGAGCACUGAGAAAAGUCCAGAAGAAACCAAGAAGGAGGCGACAGAAGGAGAAGGAGCCGAGGAGGAGAAGAAGAAGGAGCAGGAAGGAGAGAAAGAAGCUAAAGAAGGAGGAGGAGAAGAAGGCCAGACCUCCAUUUUUCAGUCUCCUCUUCGUCUGGUGAGGAAGAACAAGAUGAAGCUGGUGGUUUGUCACGUGACCCUCCUGGAUGGGACCGACUUCAGCUGCGAAGUCGAGAAACGUGCAAAGGGUCAGUUCUUAUUCUUCAAGGUGUGUGAGCACCUCAACCUACUGGAAAAAGACUACUUCGGUCUGACGUACAUGGACAGCCAUGAAGAGAAGUGUUGGUUGGAUCCCACGAAGGAAAUCAAGCGACAGAUACGCAGUAACAACUGGCAGUUUGCAUUCAAUGUCAAGUUCUACCCUCCCGACCCCUCACUGCUCACCGAGGACAUCACCAGGUACCUUUUGUGUCUGCAGCUCCGUGAAGAUGUCGCCUCCGGACGGCUGCCGUGUUCAUUCGUCACUCACGCUCUGCUGGGUUCGUACACGUUGCAGGCGGAGUUUGGCGACCAUGAGCCCGACCAGCCUCGCCCUCUGGACUACAUCGGUCAGGCGACGUUUGCGCCGAAUCAGAACAAAGAGAUGGAGGAGAAGAUUCUUGAACUCCACAAGUCCCACAGGGGAAUGACACCAGCUCAGGCCGACGCCCAGUUUCUAGAAAACGCCAAGAAGCUGUCGAUGUACGGGGUGGACCUGCAUCACGCGAAGGAUUCAGAGGGUGUGGACAUCAUGCUAGGUGUGUGUGCCAACGGCCUCCUGGUCUACAAAGACAGACUUAGGAUAAACCGCUUCGCUUGGCCCAAAAUACUCAAGAUUUCAUACAAGAGGAACAACUUCUACAUUAAGAUCAGACCAGGAGAGACGGAGCAGUUUGAGAGCACAGUGGGAUUCAAACUCCAGAACCAUCGAUCUGCCAAAAGGCUGUGGAAAGUCUGUGUGGAGAAUCACAGUUUCUUCAGGUUAAAUGCACCAGAACCUCCCACCAAGGCCCGGUUCUUGACUCUGGGCUCCAAGUUCCGCUACAGUGGACGCACUCAAGCCCAGACCCGCCUGGCAAGCUCCCUCAUCGACCGACCGGCGCCCAACUUCGAACGCACCUCAUCGAAACGCAUCAGCCGCAGUUUGGACGGAGCUCCUGUAAUCAGCAUCACUGAGGCCACAGCUGAGAACGGACGAGAGCCACAUCUGGAGCUUCAGUCUGACUCCAAGGUUAAGGAGGCGGACUUAAGCCCCGGCGAUGCGGACGCCGUCCCCUCCCAGUCACCUGGAUGCAGUGGGCUUCCUCAGAGUCCGUUAAGAGUGCAUGGGGACAAUAUUUAUGUGAGGCACAGUAAUUUAAUGUUGGAGGACCAUGAUAAGACCCAGGAGGAGGUUCUGAAACACCAAGCUAGCAUUAGCCAGCUAAAACGCUCCUUUAUGGAGGCGCCUCCUCCUUCUCCUCCUCAGCCCAACCAGUGGGAGAAACGUCUCACCUCCUCUCCUGCCACAUCGAUACGUAUUCAGCAGCAACAAGUGAGUCUUGAGGAGGAGAUAGCUUCUGUACUGUUCAGUAGACACUCCGCCGCCGGCUUUUAUUCAGCCGAUGAAACCGACUGCAGUGUUCCUGAAGCAACACUAGAUGCUGUUAUAUGUUCAGCUUCUGCUACUGUCUGCAGUUCUUCUUCUUCGCCGCAAAAGCUUCUUAUUUCCUCAACAAUCUCUGCUGCUGAGGUCGUCGAGCCCCAAACAGAAGCAGCUCCGGCCGAUAACACGAUCUCUGAUACCAAAGAACCCGCGAAGACUACCGAAGUCGAAAUCGAGGAAACUGUUGUCGUCCAAGAGGUUUCCAGGGUGGCCAAACCUGGCGUUGUCACGGUUACGGCCGGUCUUCCUGCAGCAGAGCAGGAAACCAGGAAGCAGGAAGUCAGAGUGGUGGAGGAGGAAGUAAUGCUCAAAGAGGAGGUGAAACCGACAAAGCAGGAGAGCGUUUCAUCUGAAAGCGAGAGCGAAGAGGAAGCCGAGUACCAUCCGAACAUGCCCAUCGCUCAGAUACCGGAGGAGAAGGAAGAGGAGGAAGAGCAGGAGGAGAUGAAGAAGAAGGAGGAAGUGGAGGAGGAUGUUUCGGUGCCGGACGCUCCUUCGAUUCCAGCAGAAGAAGAAACCAACCGAGCUGAAGACGACGUGAAGAAGAUCGAGACCGAGGAGAGCACCGACGAUCCCAUGGUGACGCCCGACGAAGCUCCCAACGGCGUCCUCCCGCCUGAAGAGGGCCUCGCUGCUCCCACACUGGAAAAGGAGGAGCCUAAAGUGAACGGAGAAGCCUCAUUGGUGGAAGCAGAGCCACGGCCGCAGGUUAUUUGUUGCUCUGAGCCGCCGGUGGUAAAGACAGAAAUGGUGACUAUAUCAGACACGUUUGCAGCCCAGAAAACUGAGAUAGCAACAAAAGAAGUGCCCAUCGUACAUACGGAAACCAAGACCAUCACAUACGAGGCCGCACAGCUGGAUGGUAAUGGAGAUGGGGAGCCUGGAGUGUUGAUGACGGCUCAGACAAUCACCUCCGAGUCUCUGUGUACUACAACAACCACACACAUUACCAAGACAUUAAAGGGUGGUCUGUCAGAGACGAGGAUUGAAAAACGCAUCGUCAUCACUGGCGACUGUGACAUCGACCACGACCAGGCACUGGCCCAGGCCAUUAAGGAGGCCAAAGAGCAACAUCCUGACAUGUCUGUUACCAGAGUGGUGGUUCAUAAAGAAACUGAACUGGCUGAUGAGGAGGAUUGACUGAACUCAGAGCUGAAGCCCACUGUGACUGUUUUCUGUUGACAUCGACUGAACUUCAUCAUCCUACGACGACCGACAGAUGGGAGGAGAAGAAGAAGAAUCGGAGGGUUUAAGUGAAGUUAUCGUCUCCUCCCGCCUGGUUCUUCUUUCUGUGGUGCAUCUGGAUCCCUUCACUGCGAAAAAACCAAGAAAAAGAAAAAUAAUGUCCUCGUCCUUUAGUGAGGGGAAACAAAAAGAACCACUUUGUUUAGCUUAACAUUUGUAGCUUGUUUUUAUUUUUUAUUAGUGUUUUUUUCUUUUAACUGUUUUACAAAAAAGAGAGAAGAUAGCGAAGUCUGUCAUGUAUUGCAAAGAUAAAAACAAAGGAUGCACCAAAUUUUGAUCAGAUUCGAAGCUGAGAAAAAGAUUUUCAGAUCCUUUUAUUGAUUAUUUCACCAGUUAAAGUGACUUUAUUUCUAUUAAAAUCAAACAGAUCUUUAUCAGCUUUUUUGGUGCAUUUCUUUAAAAAAGUGAUUUGUUAAAUUACAGCUCCCCCUCUCAAUUCAGUGUAAAUGGAGAGUAAUAUAAUAUAUCUCAUUCCAAAUAGUGUAGGACUGAAGAAAACACCUUUUUUCCCUUUAAUUUUACAUUCACAGUCAGACAAACAAUAGAAAUAACACUUUUUCUUACUAAUAAUUACAGAAAACUGGGAGCUGUAACUUAAAACAUUGCAGUAAAAAAAAAAAAAAUCCUUUUUUUGUUUUAUUUUUAUGUUUCUAUUUUUUUCUCUCCUGUAAUAAUAGUUUUAAUUCAUCCACAUUCCUUGUGUGUGACUAGCGACUGAGAAAGUUCAUUUUCAGCUCAUUUCGACCCAAAGUGACUUUUUAACAUUAAUAAAAGGAAAAAUGGCGCAUAUUUGAUAAAAGUGGGUUCAGUUUUAAUCAAAGUGGAAUUUCAACAUUUUUAUAAUUAAUUUUUACUAAAUUUAAAGAACUUUGAGCUGAAAAUGAACCGACUUUCAAGCUAUGCGGCUCUGUACAGUACGAACCAAGGUGGGAGCAGCUGUCAUUGGCUGAACACACUUCCUGGGCCCGCCCCCUUUUUCAACACUAACCAGUUCUACUGGGCCACGGGGGAGCAAAGGGAGGCUCUGAUUGGGAGAGAGGACCUGUAAACUGAAAUUUGAUUGGGAGAGUGCCAACUGACAACUUUGGGAGUGAAAAAAUAUGAAAUAUGAUUGAAAGUUGGCCUUAUUAGUGGGGAAAAAAGCGAGUUUUGGUGCGUUAUUGUGCAUCCUGCAGUGAAACUUUUUAUUCUAAGGAUGAAGCUCAAUACAGAAUUAAUCCAGCAGUUUAAAUUAUUCAAAACAAGUUACCAAAACAAUGACAACUUGACCAUUUCUACGAGUUUUCUUGCUUGAUAUGACGUCAAACUCAAUACGUUUUCUCACUUUUUUUUUUUUUUAAAUCUCGAGCGACUCCAGCUUCGAUACUACAGUGUUGAUUGGUUUUGGAGUGUGUAGAUGACAGAUUAUCUCAUCUAGAUAAGACUUUCUGACAUUAUCUGGCUGUUGCAGCUGUUUUGCCGCAACUGAACAUCCUGCUGCAUGAACGUGAUUCAUUAUUUUACACUCAAGACAUUUCCAACACGAUGGUAAAAAGCAGCUUAAAGGGACUCGUGUCGAAGGGUUUGAAGUGCUCUUGAAACCCCCUAAAAAGGAAACUCGUUGUGUUUUGUUCAUCGGAAUGUGAGUUGUGCGUGUAAAUAUUGGUGGCGCUAAAUGUGUUGAAGCAAGACGCAGAUUUUCAGUGAGCAGCAACGAACGAAGGCGAAUUCUGCAGAAAUGUCACUGAUUGUGAGCAAAGAAGUGCCACAGAAAACUGAAAAGAUUAUUCCAUGAAAAAUCAAUCAGACCUCCUCAGAAUCUGAUGUUUUUUAUGUACAGUAACUUUAGUUUGUUUAAUGAAACCAUGCAAAGUUUUACCUUUGAGUUUCAGGCUCUGAAAGUACAAAGUUUUGGGGUUUUUCCAUCAUUUCUGAAAAAAGCAAGAAACAAAACAAACGCAAGCGAGACAAAAAAAGAGAAACUUUACAAUGAAAACGAUACACAAAAUGACAAAAAUAAACAAAAACACGACAAAAUGAUAAAAAAUGAGAUGACGCAAAACAAGAAAAAAGACAAUCAGACACAAGAUGGUUUUAAAAAAUGACAAAAACUCAACAAAAAUCAGUUUUACAUCUAUCCAGUUGUCACGAGCUCAAGACUAAAUCUGUUUUUUGUUCAUUUUUUUCUCCAUAACCAACUUUAAACAUCAGUAUUAUGGGAUGCAUCAUAGUUUGAACAGUAGAACUGCAGCAGUUUAAUAUCUAUGACAUAGCGUCAUAAAAAUGAUUGGUACCCUGGAUGUGUCUCUGUUUUCUGAUAAUUCACUAGAAAAAACUUUUAGAAGUGCAUUCUGGGUAAUUUUUAAAGGCUCAUAUCAGCUUGUGUUACAGGUGGUUGGUCAGAACAACUUCUAGACAAUGAAAUGAUCAUUUUUACACACAUUUGACACCAGGAUCAUCUUCUAGACACCAUUCACUCUGUGGUAAAAUACUUUUUUUUUUUUUGUGCACUUUUUUGUGAUAUUUGGGGGUAAUUAGUAGAAAACAGAAACACAUCUGGAGUAUCAGUGACUGUUUCUAUGAUUCUAUAUUAUAGACAUUAUUGCGCUGAACAAAAAUGACAUUUCUUGUUUAGAUUGUGACUCCCGGAUUGAUGUAAAACUGAUCUGGUAACAGUUUUUACCAGAACUCGUGUGUUUUUCAGCCCUGAAAACGUCAUGCGUCUGUCUGCUGUACUGAUGGAAGAAUCGCAAAAAUGUUGUACUUUAAGGGCUUUAACACUGAAAAUAUUAGAAGUAUGAAGGUAAAACUUUGCAUGGCUUCCAUAAAUAUACUAAAGUUCCUGCAGAUUUUUAAAAAUGAACUGAUUAUGAUGGUAUUUCUUGGUCAGAUUUGGUAGAUUUUUCUAUGAAAUAACCCCAAAUAUCAAACAUUCCACCUGGACUUUGGUAGAUGCAUCCACUGGACAUUUUUUAUUUUAGUAAACCUGACAUGCAUUCUCCAGAAAAGCUGAUCAAAUUAAUGCUUUUUAACCUGUUUGUACCAGCAGCAGUGCACAUUUUUCCACCUUGUCCAGCAGGCUGAGAGUUAAAAAAGCGGCUUUUUUUGGGGAAUCGCUGGUCUGAGCUCGACUAUGCAGUUAAAAACAUUCCAUGAGGGGGAAGCUUUAACCUCUGACCCUCUUGCAACGACGACAAAAGCAGCAGAAAAACUUUCAAAAAGCAAACUCUAGGCAGCUUCGGAAGCUUUCGCUGUUCCAAAAACAGAAAUCUGUAACAUCACAGCGACUAUAUUUGUAGAUUUUCUCAUCUUUUCUCUGUGAUCUAGUUGUUGGAAGGUGGGUUUCUCAUACCUCCCCUCUCUCUCUCUCUCUCUCUAUUGCAUAUUUGUAAAAUGUGUUUUUGGACUGAAGCACCACUACGAAUCAAAAUCUGCCACCGCUUUCCUCUUUUUUUUGUACUUUUAGCUCCUCUGUUCUCAAUCAGGAGCUUCAACGCUGCCAGGUCGGGCUUUUCAAAAUAAAAUUCAUUGGAUUUAACACCAAGAAAAACUGAAUCUCACGUGAAAGUUGCAAGAAUUUCAAUGCCAGCCGAUUUCAAAAACUAUCAGGGACUCGAUUUUGUAGCGUUAAACUCACACGGUGUCUUUUUUCUUCACUUUUAAAGUCAAAUUCUGAAUUCUACACUCAAAUCUCAGGCUCUGAAACCAGCACAGUUUUGUAUUUCCAGUAAAAAUUGAACACAUUUUGUGGAGAAAACCCGACCAGCGGCGGCGCUUCCUGUCAGCUAACAGUGAUCACUGGUAGAUUUUAUCUGUCUAGAAGCUUAAAUGUUUUGUGUUUCCCCACACAGACACUCCUGCCCCUGUGUAACACUGUUUAAAUAAAGGAUUGUUAUACUCUGA